AUGGCUCCCAAGAACGCCGGCAGGGUGGGCAAGGGGUCUGAGGGCAAGAAGAGGAAGGGAGGCAGGAAGGAGACCCCCGGGGGGACCCCCGUGGAGGCGCCCGUGCUGUCCAUGGAGGAGCUGCGGGAGUUCUACCACAUCCAGAUCCGGGACCUCGAGGACCGGCUAGCCCGGUACCAGCGGAAGUGGGACGAGCUGGCGGUGCAGGAGCAGCUGUCCCGCCAGGAGCACGAGCAGCUGGCCAGCAGCAAGCGGGAGGUCGUGGCCUUCCUCAAGCGCAUGCUCAGCCAACGCGCGGAGGAGCUGGCCGACCUCAACGAGCAGCUGCAGGGCCUGCAGCUGGCCAAGGAGAUGGAGAAGGACGCCUUCGAGGCACAGCUCGCCCAGGUGCGCCACGAGUUCCAGGAGACCAAGGACCAGCUCACCACGGAGAACGCCAUCCUCGGGGGGAAGCUGACAGCCCUGGAGGAGUUCCGGCUGCAGAAGGAGGAGCUCACGGACAAGCUCACGUCGCUGGAGGACCAGCUGCAGAAGCAGGAGAGCGAACACCGAGACUAUGUGUACAACCUGGAGAAGAAGUCGGUGCUGGACAAGGACAGGCCGAGGAAGGAGAUCAUCCAGCGCGUGAACCUGGUGGCCACGGAGUUCCGCAAGGUGGCCAAGAACCAGAUGUGGGAGACCACGCGGCGCGCCAUCCUGGAGAACAGCAGCGCGGCGCUGCAGCUGGCCAAGCUGGCGCGGCAGGGCGCGCGGCUGCUGCAGGAGAACGAGCAGCUCAGGGGCAGCCGGGACGCGCUGAGCCUGCAGCUGCAGCUGCUGGAGCACGCGCAGGAGGUCAUGGCCAGCGACGAGCAGAAGCUUCAGGCCAGGCUGCAGGCGGCCCUGGUCCAGGCCGCCUCCUUCCUGGAGGACGUUCUCCAGAUGCAAGCAGAUGAAGAGGACGGUGGAUUCGAUGUGACCUUCCAGCUGCGGCACAAGGAGAGGCUGCAGCGCCUGCUGGCCAUGCUGCGCUCUGCUGUGGCCCUGAGACCCCAGAGGGCCGUGCGUCCCUGCUGGAAGCCGCGGUCCUGUGGCCCGCCCAAGCAGGGCCAGCCCGGAGUCCAGCUGCCCAAGGCAGGGUCUCUGCUGCAGCAGCUGUCUGACAUCACAGCCCGCCCGCCCGGGGAUCUAGUCCUGGCGCCUCAACGCGCCCACGUCCCAGCCAACCCCCAGGACCUCAGACUGCUCUCACACACCACCCGUGUGGGGACCUUCCGGGCAUACAGCAACCCUGAGGUGAAGGGGCCAGGGGCCCCAGAGACAAGGCUCAAAAAGUUCAGUCUUCCUGAAGUUCCCCGACGUCCCAAGUAG